UAGAGAGUGAGGCAGAGGCAGCGUCAUUGGACGCAAGGAGUCGGAGCGAGUGAAUGUGUUUGGGAGAGAGGGGGGGGGAAGAGAGAGAUGAUUAAAGAGUCGUGAAGAUCCCGGCCUGGAGGCAACUCAAGGGGAAACAGGGGGCAUGUGUGUUUUUCUUCGCUUACUUUGAUUCGAUUCUUUACAGCACUUUGUGCGCCCGGACAACAUUGUGCGCUUGGUGCUGUUUUUAUCUCCCGAUAGAAAAUACUCCACCCCCCCCCAACCCAUCCAUCCCCUGCAUGUGGGAGGUACAUGUAGCAGAGGCCACGCAAGGCGAGCAAAGUCCGGGGAGUGCAUGGGAUUAGACGCUUGAAAGGUGGACCAGAUAGAAGAGAAGAGAGAGGAGCGAUAGAGGCGAAACGCUCGGACGGAAACGCGGAGAAUGCGGGUGGAUGCCGAGUUCACAAAAUGAGAAGUUACUCUGCGAGCUCUUCCCCAGCGCUCAUCCAGCUAGAAAAGGAUGCCGGCUGCUAGCACCAUGACUGGAGGGACGGCCUUACUGCUCUGUACAAACACUGACAGCUGUAUCUACCAAUCAGUCAACGGGCUCCAGUGUUGCGGGCUGAAGGUCGCCGAGGCUCCGUCGUCGUCCGCCCCGCCCCAGCGCCAGGAGGUACGCAGGCAGCCCGGGGGGGACGCAGGCCGGAGGAGGGACCCGGCCGCCCCAUCCCCGCCCCCCAGCCUGAGCGCCCCGGGACUGGGUGCCCCGGGCAGCAUGCUGGCUCACAAGAGGGUGAUCAGUGACCCCACCGGCACGGAGAACGGACUGAGCGGCAAGCUCAACAACAACAACCAGAGCAACAAGAACCCCGCGUCGGGCCUGAAGCCUAGCGCCAGCAUCCGCGAUAAGAUCUCCCAAUGGGAGGGGAAGAGGGAACCGGGGGUCGCCACGGCGACUCCGUCGGUCGCCGCGGCGACCCCAGCAUCCGGCACGGCCUCGCCGGUGCAGCGGGAGCCGGUGGAGACGGGGAGGAAGAGGGACGCCAAGGCCGGCGAGGUCCAGAGGACGGACAGCAAGCGCCUGGGCGGCCGGGAGAAGCAGCAGGACUCGGGGAAGGAGAACGCAGGAAAGCUGGGGGAUUUCCGGCCCAAAUCUCCGGAAAGCCCGGCGAGCAGAGACAAGGAGGGGGGGUCGGAGAGGGGGCUCCGGGGCCCUAAGCCCCCCGAACAAGCCCAGGACAAGAAGUCCGUUCUGACUCACAUCAAGAAGCUGGAGCGGGCCAUGAAGGAGGUUCCGGACAGACCCUCGCUGGCUUUCCCUGGGAAUUACUUCUGCCCCCCGAGCAAGGAGGAGCAGGAGGAGGCGGAGGGGAGAGGGAACGAUCCCAUUUUCGGGAGCGUAGACGGCGAGGUCCGAAGGAGGAAGGAAGGGGACCCGGAUAACGUGUACUCCGAGCCCGGAGCCCCGUCCAUCAACCCCUUGCCCAAACCCCAGAGAACGUUCCAGCACCACACCCCCCCAUCGGGCGGCUCCGUCUCGGGGAAGGGCAAGAGGAACCUCCCCCCUCUCCCCAGGAUCCCUCCCCCGGCCCUCCCCACCUGCCCACCCCCGGGGGUCUGCCGGAGGCCCUGGGCUGACAAGGCCCGGGACAGCUCCAACAGGAAGUCCUUUGAGUUUGAGGACCUGCUCCAGCUCUCUUCAGAAGGCUGCAGGGCCGACUGGUACGGCCAGUCCAGACUGGGCCUCAACCGCACUUUAUCAGAGGAGAAUGUCUACGAGGACAUCCUAGAUCCUCCCUUCAAGGAGAACCCCUAUGAAGACAUCGAUCUGGAGAGCAGCUGCCCUUCAAGCAAGUGUGCCUCCCCGGCUCCGUCGUCCCCGCCCCCUGACACGCCCACUAAAGCACGAGGCAGACUCCAGGACGCGCCCUCUAAGGUCCCCUCCAAGCCAGGCUUCUUCAGACAGACCUCGGAGCGUCGCAGCCUCAAGCUCCUGGAACUCCGCAAGGGCGUGCGUGACGGACGAGACGCGGGCCCGGGCUCUCCCUUCCGCAUCAGCCCCCCCUCCAGCCCCAGCAGCCCCGACGACACCCCGUGCCUCUCCGGAGACCCCCACAACCGCAGACGGAGGAAGAUACCCAAGAUGGUGGUGAGGAUAAAUACAAUCUUUGAGGCACGGCGAGGAAAGAAACGCAUGAAGAAGGUGUCACAGUCCACAGAGUCCAGCUCCGGAAGAGACGAGAACAGCGAGUCGGAAAGCGACACGGAGGAGAAACUAAAAGCCCACAGCCAGCGGCUGGUGUCGGUCCAGUCCAUGCUGAGGCAGACGGGCCGGUACCGAACCCUGGAGCGUGACCUCAUGGACCUGCAGGAGAGGAAGCUCUUUGAGUACUUCAUCGUGGUGGCCCUCCACAAGACCAAGGCCGGGGUCCCCUACCUCCCGGAGGUCACUCAGCAGUUCCCCCUCAAGCUGGAGCGGAGCUUCAAGUUCAUGCGUGAGACGGAGGAUCAGUUGAAGGUCAUCCCUCAGUUCUGUUUCCCAGACGCGAAAGACUGGGCGCCCAUCGAGAGCUUCCCAAGCGAAACAUUCUCGUUUGUUCUGACUGGCGAGGACGGAAGCAGGCGGUUCGGGUACUGUCGCCGUUUACUGCCCAGUGGUAAAGGCCGGCGGCUUCCGGAGGUCUACUGUAUUGUCAGCCGGCUUGGAUGCUUCGACCUCUUCUCCAAGAUCCUGGACGAGGUGGAGAAGCGGCGAGCCAUCUCCCCAGCCCUGGUCCAGCCCUUCAUGAGGGGCAUCAUGGAAGCCCCCUUCCCUGCUCCGGGACGGACCAUCACUGUCAAGAACUUCCUGCCUGGCUCUGGGACCGAGGUGAUAGAGCUAUGUCGGCCGUCCGACUCCCGGCUGGAGCACGUGGACUUCGAGUGUCUCUUCUCCUCCCUGAGUCUGCGGCUGCUCCUCCGGGUGUUUGCCUCCCUGCUCCUGGAGCGCCGGGUCAUCUUCACCGCCGACAAACUCAGCACAUUGUCUCAGUGCUGCCAUGCAGUGGUGGCCCUGCUGUACCCCUUCACCUGGCAGCACACCUACAUCCCCGUGCUCCCCCCCUCCAUGCUGGACAUCGUGUGCACCCCUACCCCCUUCAUAGUGGGGCUUCUGUCUAGCUCGCUGCCACGGCUCAAGGACCUGCCUAUAGAGGAGGUUCUCGUGGUUGACCUCUGCAACAGCCGUUUCCUACGACAGCUGGAUGAUGAGGACUCCAUCCUACCACACAAGCUGCAGGCUGCCCUGGAGCAUGUACUGGACAAGAGGAAGGAGCUGGCAAAUGACAAGGAUGACCUCCCCAGUGACUCUUGUUCCCUGAGCACGGUGGUGUCCGAGGCGUUCGUCCGCUUCUUCGUGGAGAUGGUGGGCCACUACUCUCUCUUCAUGUGCGGUGUGGAGCGGGACGAAGAGUCGGCCGUGUCCUCUCCCUCUUCCCCGUCGCCUUCCGCCGUCUCAUCGUUCCAGCGCGAGCCCUUCCGCAAGGCCGUGACCUCCAAGAGCUUGAAGAGGUUCCUGGAGGUGUUUAUGGAGACCCAGACAUUUGCCGGAUUCGUCCAGGAGAGGGAGCUACGCAAGCAGGGCCUCAGAGGUCUGUUUGAGGUCAGGGCUCAGGAAUACCUGGAUUCACUCCCUGGCAGUGAGCAACGAGCUGUCAACAAGUUCCUCAAAGGACUACUGGGCAACAAGAUGAAGUUCCUGUCUAAGAAAUGAUAUAGCGGUUUGAGUAUUGUUCAAGUGUGAGUAAAGCAUGUGAAAGGAAAAGGAAGACGAAGAGGAAGCAAAAGAGAGGAAGAGGAAGGAGGGCAUGGACCAGCGAUUAAUUGCUGAAGAUAAGACCUACGGUUUUGAAGGCUUGUGCACAUGUAGAGAAUACAGUGAAUGGGAAGGGUAUGUAGAAACUCCGCUCAGCUAGCUUGCUCGCUAGCGAGCAAAGACUAAUUCCAGUGACGUUGUGUGGAGUUUCUCAUGCAGCUCGGACCAAAUAAAACCCUGAAAAUUCCCUUCCUGUGUGGAAAUUGACACCAUGGAGACCAAACAGAUGUGUAACUUCCAUCAAAUCCGGAGCCCAGAUUUGAGCACUGACUUUAUAGUGUAUGUGUCGUAAACAGAGGAGGCAAAAGCUGUGCUUCAAGGUGACUGCACCCAAAUUUGCACCAAAAGACAUUUUCUGAAAAUGUGUCGUUGACCAAUUUUAUUAGUUUGUACAAUGCAUUCCAAAACAAUACAUUCCUAUACAGCACUCAUUCCAACAAUUUUUGUUUAUUAUAUUUGUUCCUUUAAAUACAGUAGUACAACUUCUUCUUCCACAGGAGGCUUUAAGUUAAUUUAUGUGUUUUAGAAAAAAAACAAAGAAAAAGCUCCUGUAGUAUGAAUGAGUCUGAGUGUAGCUCAGACUGUUUAAAUACCACUCUGGCGUGUACCACUGUACUAAGUAAGCGAAAUAGGAACAUUAUCAUCUUUAAAAAGUUAUUGAGUGUGAAGAAAACGAUGUAAGAGGUAAUGCAUGUGAAUUGCAAACUUGUUUCAAUAUGAGUUGAAGUUUGAUUUUAUAGGACAAACAUAUCUUAGGAAUGUCUUUAUCAAUGUGCUUCUACAACAGCUCUAGAUCUGCAUUUAAUUUGACUCAGAAUGCAAUGUAAAUGUAUAAAUAAAGUGAUUUAAUUAAAACAAUCAAUGAUU